UUAUCGUCUAAUUGGAUUUAUCAGUGAUCACUCCGAACGCACUCUCCUCCAAUUGCUGCUAAUUCUACACUUCCUGGCGAAGCCAUGCUCGGCGUUUGGGCAAUGUUGUGGGUGGCCCACGUAGCUCUGGCCAAUCCCCUCCUCCUGGAGGACGACCUGUUUCCCGAGGCCGCGCGCGCGCUGCGCCAAGUUGCUCCGGCGCGUGAGUUCCUCUUCAUCAACAACCAAGUGGCGCCCAUCUGGCGCGCCUCCGCCACCCUCACGGGUGACAACGCCGAGGGAGGCGGUACAGGCUCCGUCAGCUUCAGGCAGUUCUCGGACUUCGAUCCCGUCAUCGUGUCCAUCAACGUGACUGGACUCACGCCAGGCAAACACGGCGUCCACAUUCACCAGUACGGCGAUCUCACCGAGAGCUGCAAGUCCACGGGGCCCCACUUCAAGCGGAGCCUGAUUGGCAACAUCGAGGCCAAGGAGGACGGCUCCGCAUCCGUGGAGUUCGCCAGUCCCUACUUGAGCCUGUGCGGCCCCAAUGGCAUCAUAGGGCGCUCACUAGUGGUCCACGAGAAGCCCAUCGAGUACAAUCGUUUCCCGGACAUCGCCACACCGCCGUCCGAAUCCCAAGAAGACAACCCCACGCUGCCACAAACGGAGGAGCAGAAGGUGGGCGCAAUCAUCGCGUGCGGAGUGAUAACAAUCACGAAGAGCAAAGAAUGACAAAUGAAUUCUUAAUGCAGUCAUUUUCUUCCCUUCGUCCUGGCCAAACACUCUCCCUCUUUCUCCCCAUCCGACAGACUUUAAAUACACCUUUUUCCCCAGAAGAAGUCACCAGUCUUUCAUUGUCCAGUAGAAAAUGAAUUCUGUGAUUCUCAGUGCAGUGAUUAGAGCUCUCCUGGAGCUUUUGGGGUCUCCUUUUCG